AUGUCACAGCACCACAGCUCUGCUGUUCCCAUGGCAACAGCCUCCCCUAGUUAACCAGCCAGGGCGGAGACUGGGCUGCUGGCAGAGGUGGGGAGUGGUGAUUCCAGCUAACCUGGGUCAGUGACCCCUGAGACCCCACGUGGACCACCUUAGGACAAGAUUUGAUGGGUGUCUCACUACCUACCCAAUGAUUUCAAGACAGCCCUGUGGAGAGUGCUUCCUUUCGCCCAGUCAACUCCUGCCUCCCUGUAAUGAGUUCUUGGUGGUCUGGCUCAGUUAUCUGGAGACGCACACGGGCCUUGCACACUUUUCUCCAGCUGUCCGGAGUGGCCUGUGCCCUCCUGGCCUUGUAGGUUUGCCGUGACUCUCCUGUCGUUUCUGCGGGUGCCCCAGACCCUGCGGCCUCUGCUCCUUGGCUACAGCCACCUCUGCUUGCAAGUGUGUCGCAAAACUCACAGAAAUGCAGAGAGACGUGGAGUGGUCAGCCCAGCUGAGCCCCUUCUCUGAUGAGGAAGCCUUAGUUUUGAGGCAGAAGCCCGAACUGCUGCAGGUCCGAGACAAGGGUGACGUCACCCUGCAGCAGUGGAAAGCCCAGCAGCUGCAGCGCCUGGCGGAGGAGUUGAAGGCCGAGUGGCAGGAGGCCCGGCUGCAGCAGGUCAGAGACAUGGAACGCCUCUAUUUAGCCCAUCUGUUGGAUGAGGCAACGGGGCAGACCAUGGGAAGUGGCUUCAACGAACCCAACAAGAGAGGCUCAGUGAAACACAUGAGGGCUAAGGAGAGAAGCAGAGCAGCCUUCAGAGCCUUUAGGGAGGAGAAAGGCCGCCGCCUCCGCGAAGAGCGCCCCAGGAAACAACCCAAGUCCCGGAAGAAAGCCACGAAGUGCUCAGAGAGACGGGGCUCUACCAAAGCCCGGGGCCCAAACCCCAGUGAGAAGGGUAAAGGGAAGCGUGUGCCUUCGAGUAAGAGCAGUGCUGGCUACCAACCCCGGGUGAGCCGAGGGGCAGACCCAGGGGCAAAGCUCAACCCGCUCUUAGCCGGCGCCGGGGAAACUGACUGGGUUGAGGAAAUACAGAAGGAGAUACCCCGGGAGGGGAGGCGACCGAUGAGAAGAGGGACUUCACGCUUUUCUCAGAUCCUGAAUCAGAGCUCCAGAGACCAGAGCCCGCAGGGCGAAACAGCUGACUUAGAAAAGCCGUUGCCCCCCAGCCCCACCUUGAGACAGGAGGCCACGUCCCAGGGGGCGCCGUGCAAGUACAGCGGUAAGAACCAGUGGCACAGAGACAUUGAGUCAGCCUUCGAAGAAUUGUUUAACACGAACAGGAAGCUGAAGAAACAUCUGAAUUUGCACCUCGAACAGAGGCUCAAGGGGGACCACAAUCCAGAGGAGCCGCAGAGCUCCUCCGAGACUCAGGGUGAGGGCAGCGACACCCUGAGAGAGGAGAGUGUGGAGGAGGCGGGAACGACGGCUGAGGAGCCCGGGAGCCUGUUAGAUAUGGAGGCCCCUGAAAUGUGGUCCAAAACCAAUUUGAAACAGUUGCUAAGUAAGGCCGAGUACCCCAGAUACCAACAACAGAUGGCAAAGCACCUACUAACGAGUGAGAGCCUGCCACCUCUUCCAGAGGCAGGAGCAUCUGGCAAACAAGACAGCCCAUCCUCAGAAAGCCCAGAGCCAGGACAGGAGCCACCCAAGUCAGCCGCCGUGGAGGAAGAAAGCCUUAUUAAGCCCUACCUGGAGAAACAGGCAGGCUCUGUAGCAAGCUGGAUGGCUUUGAGACAAAAACAGAAGGCAGAAUUGGAGCAGAGAAGGCAAAAGACGUUGUUGGAGCUGACAGAGCACCCCAACAUGAGCCUGGAAAUCCAUUACAAGGCUGAGCUCGAGGAAGAACGCAGGGCGCGUAGGAGGAUGCGCUUGGCCAUCCUCAAGUCUUAUCCCUCUGGGGUCCAGGUCCCAGUCCCUGAGAAAACCACUCCCCUGGACAGCAGCCUUCUCGACGAGGACAAACAGAGCCAGAUGAUUCGUGACCUUCAGCAGCAGAUUUUAGAGCAAAACAAGUUACACAAGCAGUUUUUGGAAAAAGCCAGGAAACGCUUGCAAGAGUUUCAAAAAACAUUUUAAAGGCAGACCCACCCGAGAUCAAUACAUCCCUGAUGGCUGCUUUGCCUGAA